AUGGACCCAUUCAUAGAGCUACGAAAGCACGCGGGUGGUACGCAUCCGCAAAAAGCCAAGCUUAAUGUGGUACUAGGCGCUAUCACUGAUGUUAUCUACGAACGCCGCAGUAAUGCCGAUCGAUCCGUGCCCAUCUCACCCACUGAAUACUUUGCUGCACUUAUGACGGCACUGGACGCGGCCUCGGACUCGCAUCGACAGGAGGUGGCACAAUUGCUGUCUAUGGUUCUGCCUGAAGUACCGGAUGCUGUACUGCGUGGAAAGUUUACGGCCGUGGCCAAGUGUCUUACGACGGUGCUGCAGGAAGCUGGUGACGACGCAAUGCUGCUGCGCUCGGCCAGUGCCUGUCUGGCAUUGGUGUUGUUGGCACAGGAGCCAUCGACCAAUACCUGGGCCCGCCCCGAGUUACUACGAAGCUUCCACUUGCUGCUGACGCUGGCGAUGGACACGCGCCCUAAGGUGCGCAAGGCCGGACACAAGUGGACAAUGGACGUCCUUGAGCUUCACGCGGCCAAGGGCUGCGAUGCCCUCUCUACACACAUUGCCAGCUUUGCGGAGAAUGUGUUUGCUACUGCGGGUAAAGACGGCAAAGACGAUCAGAGACUAGUGCUACUCGUAGCUUUCCUCAAGAUGGCGCUACCGCUGUUGCAGCGUAAGGUUGUGGCGUCUCUCGUUGCGGCGCUUGCCGAGUUCCUGGAUGCAAGCUCGAAGACGUUGCGUCUUGUCACGUACGAAGCACUGGACGCGCUAAGCGCGGCGCCAGAGUCGCAGCUUACAGCCGACACUCUUCGCAAGGUUGUGGCUGCUGUACUUGAUGCGCAGAGCAGUGGAUCGCUCGAAGCUCAGGGCGGACCGGUGGCCAUUUACGCUGUCCGUGUUCCGUCUCAGGCACUUGUUCGGCUAGCUGCUGUGAACGCUGAGGCGGCCCGCGAACUGCUUCCGCGAGUGGUAUGUGCAGUGUGUUCUCAUAUUGCCACGAACAAUGACCGUGUGCAGCGCCAGGCUGCUCGAUCGUUGCUGAAUGUUCUGAAGUCUACAAUUUCCCCGGAAGUGCUCGAAACAGAAGGCACGUUCGAGGACAUUGCGCGUGUGCUUGCAUCUCUACAGAGUCUGACAUCACUGCGCUUUCAGGGGGCGUGGAACCACGUGUUCCCGCUUAUUGCUGAGCUUUUCCGCUUUUACGGUUCUGCUAGUCGACCAGCGCUCGAGCCGAUUCUCGUUACAUGCUGCGAAUUGCACGAGGCUGCUGAUCAACUCCCACAGCAGCAACAAGGUGGUAAGAGCGCCCAGGCACUUUCUGAAUUGUUUGCGUUGGCUGCAGGUGCCGCCGUGGAAGCUCUGGGGCCGCGUGCCUUUCUUGAGAUCGUUCCUAUUGACCACCCCACUGAGAUUGUGAGCGAACAGCGCGCGUGGCUUUUGUCAGUUUUCCGAGACGCGUUGCGAUCGGCUCAACAUGGUGGCGAGCUUGGUUUUUUUGCUGAUGUUGUUCUUCCCAUGGCCCGAGCUUGCGAAGCUGGCGCGCGUGAGCCCAGUGUGACUCCGCUGCAAGCUAAAAAGUUGCAUACUCGUGCAAUCCAGCUCUGGGCGCUGUUUCCAAGCGUGUGUGCUCGCGCUAUGGAUGUGGACACUCACUUUAAGAAGAUUGCUAAAAUUCUGGCUAGUGCAAUGGCCGACCAGCGCUAUCCGGAGCUGCGCCUAGCAGUCUGCCAAGGUCUCCAGGCUCUCGUUAAACGCACUCGGGCGUUACAGAAAUCUGUUGCUCGCCGCUAUCACCUUGAGACGAAAGAUGAUGAGGUGGAAGACGCUGAAGAGGAAGGCGAUGAUGACGAAAAUGACGAGGAGCAGGUAGACGAGGCUAAGCUGGCACGCGACCGUGCUGCUUUGGCCAAGUUCUCUGGGCGUUAUGUGCCUCUACUGCUCUCCUUCGUGGAAGAGUCAGACCCGGAAAAAGACACAGAACGUGCCCAGGUUCUGUUAGAUACGCUCGAGGGUUUUGCGUCACUUGCUGAGGCUAAGCUCAUUGGCACAACUUUCAAGAAGGUGAUGCAGAAGUUGCUCGAGGCCACGACAGAGGCAAAGCGUGUCGAGUCUGAUGGUGCUGGCAACCACUCGAAGCGUGCAACCAAGCUAAGACAGACAUCGCAUGUGCAGAUGGCUCUUGCAAUGGCCCUGCUGGCCCAUGUGGACGACGCCAGCGUAGCGCUGCUGUACCGUGUGGUGAAGCCGUACUUGCUGGAUGAUGCUGAUGCUGCUAUGCAGAAGCGUUCUUACGCCGCUUUGGUGGCCAUUUGCGACUUGCAUCCCAAGUUUCUGUCGGAGGAAUCUCAGCUACAGGACCUCACACGUGCAAUCUGCGAUUCGCUUCUUACUUGCUCUGUGCCAGCCAAGAAAAUGCGUCUGCGUGUUCUUGCGCACUUGAUCCGUGCACUGCAGGCUCAACCUACGACUGACGGACUUGCUGAGAAGGAGCUGGUGUCCAGCCUUGUUGGUGAAAUCAUGCUUUGUACUAAGGAAGCUAACGGCAAGGCUCGUGAGGCUGCAUUCGAGUUGUUGGUGGCCAUGGCGAUACUUUUGCGCGUUCGUGACCCGCAGAAUGGACUCAUGGAGUUUAUUCAGAUGGUCCUUGGUGGCCUAGCCGCUCGCACGCCCCAUAUGCGUAGCGCUGCUGUCAUUUGUCUUAGUCGUUUGGUCUUUGAAUUCGGUCGUGAUGACCCUGCGAUCGCACAGGCUAUGCCGGCGCUACUCAAGACAGUUCUCAUGUUGCUGCACGAAAAGGCCCGCGAAGUGAUUAAGAGUGUCAUUGGCUUCAUGAAGCUUGGUAUUGCUGUUUUGCCAAAGGAUCAGCUGGAACAGUUUCUCCCCGAUAUCAUCAAUGGUCUGUUGGUUUGGAUUGGCGAGAGCAAGAACCGUUUCCGUGCCAAGACUCGUAUUAUCCUAAUCAAGCUGUGUCGCAAGUUUGGCUACGAGCAUGUAGCUGCUCUUGUGCCCGAGGAAGAUCGUGCACUAAUUCGUCACAUCAAGAAGACAAAGGAACGCGAGGAUAAAAAGAAGUCGGAGCUUGCAGUCGAGGCUGCCGAACGCCGUGCUGCUAAGAAGAACCGUGACACUUUUGAAGAGUUCAUGGCUGACUCUGCCGACGAAGGUGACAAUGAUGAGGCUGCAGCUAUGCAGGUGCUCAAGCGGAAGAAGGACUUGCACAAGAAGAACAAGGGCGGUAAAGUAAUUCGUGAAGAUGAGGACGAUAUUAUGGAUUUCCUCGAUGACAACGCAGCGGUGAAGAAUAUUUUCAUGGCACAAAAGGGUGGUCCUGUCGAUGAUGAAAGUGAAGAUGAAUUCCAAAUGACCAAGGACGGACGUAUGAUCAUCCCUGGUGGCGAAAACGACGAUGACGACAUGAAGGGUGGAAGUACCAGUGACGAUGACGAGGAGAAGAUCAAACAGGAUGUGGCUUCGCAGUUGCAGCGCAUGGGGCUUAACAAGAACAAAAAUGUACAAGAAUGUAGUGGUCGUGAGUACCGGGCAAAGAAAGCAGGCGGCGAUCUCAAGAAGAAGGGCAAGCUUGAACCGUACGCUUACAUUCCACUUGACCCAAAGCUUAUGGCCAAGCGUCAUAAACGUGAAGCUGUCACGCGCUACGGUGGUAGUGUUGGUAAGAGACGAGGGAAAAAGUAA